AUGAUUAACAACCAAACAAAGAUCCCAGCUGAGUGGCACACAGUCAUACGUGAUAUUGGACAGAAAUUUGAUAGUACUGCUAAAGUUAGAUUAGCACUUCAAUACUAUUCAAUUGUUAAAAGAAUUUCUGUUCUACCCACACAUGCAAUCAAUUAUGGAGCUAGUGCUGGCAACUCAAGGGCAUCAAGAAAGUUCAUUGCAGGCCAAAUACAAGAUGUUUUAAAGGUUAAGCUAGAUCUUCGUGCAGUUGAUAUCAAGAACGACAUGCUCUCAAAUUAUGGCAUCAAGAUUAACUAUACUAAAGCAUGGAAAAGUAAAGAGACAGCUCAACAGGACAUGUUCGGUGACGAUGAUGAGGCUUACGAUUCACUGAGAUGGUAUGAAGCCAUGGUUCAUGCAACUAAUCCAGAAAGUCGUGUUGCUAUUGAUGUUGAUGACGAAAGGGAAAAACCUUAUAAUCCUCCACAUCAACUGGUAAUGAUUUCCGACGCUGACAAGGGUAUUAUGAUAGCAGUCAAGGAAUUCUUUCCAGAUGCUUUCCAUUCAAGGUGUGUUCUGUACCUAGUCGAGAAUUUCAAAAAGAAGAUGAAGGAUUUUGGAUACAAGGUAAAUGUCGCCCAAAUAUUGGGUGAUUUGUUACAAUCAGCGACUUAUAAGUACACAAUUUCUAAAUGGGAUGAUUACAUGAAAAAAUUAGCAUCGAUCGAUCAUAGGACUUAUGUUACUACGAUGGAAUACUCCCCACAAAGAUGGGCAAAUGCUUAUUUUCGUGAUAUAAGGUAUGGCCAUGUUACUUCAAACGUUACUGAGUCCUUCAACAGCUGGAUAAGAAAGGCCCGAAUGAUGCGAAUCUUACCUUUGGAUGAGACGAUACGGAAGCAAAUCAUGGAGCGCAUGCAUGAAAGGAGGCUAAUGGCAUAA